UCGCUUGUUAAGUUUUUAUUCUGUCUGUCCUUCAGUCUGAAGCCGCUGGACAUCGAGUUCAUGAAGAGACUCCAUGACAAAGUCAACGUCAUCCCUCUUAUUGCAAAAGCUGACACUCUAACCCCAGAGGAGUGCCAGCUUUUUAAAAAACAGAUAAUGAAAGAGAUACAGGAGCACAAAAUCAAAAUUUAUGAAUUCCCAGACACGGAGGACGACGAGGACAACAAGCUCAUCCGAAAAAUUAAGGAGAAGAUGCCACUGGCAGUGGUCGGCAGCAACGUGGUGAUCGAGGUGAAUGGCAAGAAGGUCAGGGGUCGCCAGUACCCGUGGGGCGUGGCGGAAGAGGGCAUUUUUGUGGAGAACGGGGAACACUGUGACUUCACGGUGCUGCGCAACAUGCUAAUCAGGACUCAUAUGCAGGAUCUGAAGGACGUCACCAACAAUGUCCACUAUGAGAAUUACCGCAGUAAGAAACUUGCCGCCGUCACCUGUAACGGAGUAGACAACUCCAAGACCAAGGGACAGCUCACCAAGAGUCCCCUGGCCCAGAUGGAGGAGGAGCGCAGGGAGCACGUGAUGAAAAUGAAGAAGAUGGAGGCAGAAAUGGAACAGGUCUUUGAGAUGAAGGUCAAAGAGAAGAAGCAGAAACUGAAGGACUCGGAGGCCGAGCUGGAGCGACGCCACGAGCAGAUGAAGAGGAACUUGGAGGCGCAGUACAAAGAGCUGGAGGAGAAGAGACGAGUGUAUGAGGACGAGAAGUCCAACUGGGAGGCUCAGCAGAGAAUCCUGGAGCAGCAGAAACUGGACGCCUCCAAGACGAUGGAGAAGAACAAGAAGAAGGGGAAAAUCUUUUGAAGAGCUGAUCCCUCAGUUUUACACAAACUCAAUAUUUUUCUUCAUCCCCCUCUGAAGUUCACAUGUACUGUGGCCCUUCCGAAACAUACACGCAAACUUAUAGAACAUUCGCAUUCCUCCAUGUUACAUUUAACAAGCACCGCAUUGUGACAGGGAUGCCAUUUCCACACAUACACACACGCAUGCAAAUGCCCACAAACAGCCCACAUGCUUGUCUCUCAGCAGGGUCGUACCGUAUCCGUUGAAACCUUUUUCAUUUUCAAGGGGAACGCAUGUUUUAGUGAAAUUCAAUUUUCCUAUAUUUCCUGACAAAGAGGAGAAGCUGGAGUUCCUCUGAGCUACAGUACGGAGGUAACGCAUGGCAGGGACCAUGCAUAGCCAUUUGUACACAUGUAGUCGUGUGUUCUCUAGAUAUAUUCCAUAGAUCUGCAGGUAGGCGUACCAUCCUCUCCACCACGCUCUUUCUUUUAAUGUUCUCAAAAAGUGUGUACACGGUAAAACACUCAUAAAAUCAUAAAGACUUCAUAGAGAAGGGAGAGUGUAUGUGAGUUUAGGUGACUGAAUCAGGUGGCAGCAGAGGAGGGAGAAGUCGAGUGGGAUUAAGGCCUGGGCACGGCAAGAUCACUGUAAAGCUAACCGCCAACAUGCUAGCGCUAUUUAGUACUUCUAUUUUCUCAGCACUGGGCCUUUUACUCCCCAGAACUUAUUGUCCUGUUAGCAAACUUAAUGUUCUAUUGUUUUUUUAAAUGUAUAUGUACUGUUAAUUCCUCUCUCAUAAGUGUCUACAAACCAUUCCUCUUUUGAGGAACACUCUGACAGUGGAGGUUAAUUAAAAACGGACGGUGCAACACAACUAAUAAUAAUCCUCUAUUUUGGACUUCUCUUUUCCCUCAAAGGUCAGCUUGUUAAUGGUCGACAGUACAAAUUCACUCUUUUAAAAUUCACCAAACUUGAUGUAAAAAAUAUUCCCUUGUAAACCAUUUACCUUGUCAAAAUGUUGCCGUUUUAGAUUAUUGCCGUUUAAAAUGUUGCCGUGACCGGGCCUUUGGGCAGGAUUUACAGUGGUGCGUGUACGAGCAGGUGUGCUUUCUUAAAGGGCCAGUGUGUAGCAGUCCGGUGGAUCUAUCGGCAGAAACCUGAACUAAGGUUCUAUCGUUUUUUGUUAGCUCAGAAUGAGCCCUUCAUAUCUACAUAGGGAGCAGAUCCUCUUUACGGAGUCCGCCAUGUUGCUACAGUAGCCCAGAACGGACGAACCAAACACUGGCUCUAGAGAGAGCCUUUUAUGUUUUUACGUUAAAAGCCACAUAGUUCUGUGAUGUGCUUGAAACUGAGGUAACAUGAGCCGCAGAAUCAAAACCGAGGUGCUACCUGUUGCCAUCUGACUUACAUUGCUCUUUAAGUAGUUUUAUUAUGGUGUGGAUCACCUCCGAGCGAGGCAAACGGUGUUCACUCAGCGGCUCACGUUACUACAAUCUUGGAAAGGGAGGGGAGAGUGGAGGGGUAUUCAGUUGAUUGCAAUCUGCAACCACACCCCUAGAUAUCACCAAAUCCUACACACUGUCCCUUUAAAUGCUGUGUUUGAGGUCUGAAAUGCUGACUGAUCUGAGGGAGAUUUGAACUGUGUGCAACAGCAGCCAGAACAUUGUCAUUGUGUGUGUGUGUGUGUGUGUGUGUGUGUGUGUGUGUGUGU